AUGUCUCGCGAACUCAUUUCCUCCGAGAAGUUCCCUACCAAGCCGCACAACUGCCCCGCGGUCAAGGUUCCUGGCCUCGUCUUCUGCGCUGGACAGACUGCUACUGGAGAGAUCAAGCAGGCCACCCGCACCGUCCUGCAGAACCUCAAGGAAGUCCUCGAGCUUUCCGGAUCUUCCCUCGACAAAGUCGUCAAAUACAAUGUCUAUCUCGCCGAUAUGAAGGACUUCGCCGCCAUGAACGAAGCGUACAUCGAUUUCCUGCCUCAGCCCAUGCCUUCGCGCUCGUGCCUUCAGGCUGUUCCUCCUGGCAAUGGAACUGUCAUUGAGAUUGAGUGCAUUGCCCAGGUAUAA